AUGCGAGAGAUCUUGCACAUGGAAAAGAUUCCACUUCCACAAAUUGUUGUUGUUGGCGAUCAAUCGGUAGGAAAAUCAUCGAUACUCGAGGCUAUCAGUGGUGUUGAACUACCACGAGCACAGAAUAUUUGCACACGCUGUCCACUAGAAUUGCGUAUGAAACGCGUUCCGCCUGAUACGGAGGACUACGCCACGAUUCGAUGUGCUGGAAUCAAUGAAGUGAUUAUCAAUGAUCUCUCGGAGAUUUCUAUCAGAGUGAUCGAAUGUACGAACUUUUUGACCGGCAACUUAACCAAUGUUUCAGCAUCGCCUAUUUUUCUCACUGUUUACAAACGAGAGAUUCAAGAAGAUUUAACAUUGAUUGAUUUACCAGGUCAGAGUUCUGUUGAACGUUAA